GCAGGCCAGAGAGGGAAUCGAAGGAAAAGGGCGGAGGAAAGGGAGCUACCGAGGGGAUUGAGAAAAUGACAAACCACUGUGACUUUUAGCAGGGGGAUAAAUUAUUAUAUUUAAUUUUCAUUUCGCAGGACUUUACAGACACUUGAAGCUACUUUGUCUCCGGUGAAAGGCAUAUGGCCACAAGGUGACUGCCUGUUUGCUCAGAUAGUAGCUCCAUCACCACAGUCUGUCAAGGCCAAGCAGGUGGGUGGGUGACGGGCAGUUACAGGGGCCAUGCAUCAGGGGUGAGGGGGAUUCGUAGCGGGGGAAACAAACAGCGUCGUGUGAGGAGGGGUUCAGGGCCGGUCGGUGUGGAGAUGAAGCUCAAACAGCGCAUGGUGGUGCUGUGUGCCGUGCUCCUCCUGCUGGGCCUGGCCAAAAUCUUCCUUUUGGAUGGAGGUGAAGGAUCUGCCGCCAGCCGACGGGACCUCAGAGCGUUCCGCAAGAUGGAAUCUGGCCUUUCUCUGUCCCGCGGAGCUCGCCUCACCCACACCCUCCAGUCUCCAUGGGAGAUUGCGAGCCAGUGGGUGGGCCCGAGAGAGGUGUACCCUGAGGAGACCCCAGAGCUGGCUGCUGUGCUCACUGCCCUCAGCACUUCCAGGAUAGAGCGGGCAGAUGUGGGUUAUAAGGGCACUCAGCUCAAAGCCCUUUUGGUGCUGGAUGGGGGACAGAAAGUGGUGUUCAAACCCAAAAGAUAUAACAGAGACUAUGUUGUUGAAGGCGAGCCAUACGCUGGCUAUGACAGACACAACGCGGAGGUGGCGGCUUUUCACUUGGAUAGGAUACUGGGUUUCAGGAGAGCGCCUCUUGUGGUGGGGCGAUACGUCAACCUGCGAACAGAGAUUAAACCCGUGGCCACAGACCAGCUGCUGAGCACCUUCCUCAUGCAGGGUAAUAAUACAUGUUUCUAUGGGAAGUGUUAUUACUGUCGGGAGAGUGAGCCAGCAUGUGCAGAGGGAGAGAUAAUGGAGGGAUCAUUAACCCUUUGGCUGCCAGACGUCUGGCCGUUGCAGAAACACAGACAUCCCUGGGGACGCACGUACAGAGAGGGGAAACUGGCCAGGUGGGAGUAUGAUGAGAGUUACUGCGAGGCAGUGAAGAAAAUGCCUCCAUAUGAUGCAGGGCCAAGGCUGCUAGAUGUCAUAGAUACGGCCAUAUUUGAUUAUCUCAUUGGAAAUGCUGAUCGACAUCACUAUGAGAGCUUCCAGGAUGACGGCGGUGCCAGCAUGCUCAUCCUACUCGACAACGCAAAGAGCUUUGGGAACGCAGCUCUGGAUGAACGAAGCAUCCUCGCACCACUCUACCAGUGCUGCAUGGUUCGUGUGUCCACAUGGAACAGGUUAAACCUGCUGAGAAGUGGAGCUCUGAGUUCAGCAAUGCGGCAGGCUCUGGCAUUCGACCCUAUCCACCCGGUCCUGGCUGACCCACACCUUGCAGCCCUGGACAGGCGUCUGUCCGGAGUCAUAGCAACUGUUAAGCAGUGCAUGGAAGCACAGGGCCCGGACAACACUCUAAUAGAGGACCGAAUGAACCUGCCGCAUCCCUAGAAACAAGGGAGAGGAGAAAAUGGCAAAAAACAGGAACAACCAGGACUUCACUUCCUGAGCCUGGAGAAGAGGAGAGGGACAUGGAAGGUGACUGAGCAAAUGGAUCAGCCCCGGUGUUAAAGAAUAAGAGCUGCAGAGUGAGUAAAUGGAUCAGCAGGGUGGAACAAAGACUGUGCAUUUCUUCUGCCCUUGUUCCUUCCUUGUUUGUAACUCUGACAAGACUGGUUCUCAAAAAAGAAUCAAUGAAUUCAAAGUGUUGGAACUGUGUCACUUUUCAGCUAUAAAAACAUACUCUCAGGACUGUUGUGCACUAGAGAACAGUAUCUGCUGUAAGAACCCCCCUCGUCUACUACUACUGGUUGUGACCACACUCCUGCCAUGUGCCAGAUUCAGAUUUCUUAGGAUUCAGCUAAGAGGAAGAGAUGGAGCUUGGAGAGAUGCAGACACUCAAAAGAGCAGGAGGGAAGAUAAAAAAAUGAGCCACCAACAUCUGGAUGGAAGACACUGUACAGCUGUUUCAGGCUGUUUGGAGCUUACAGUCCAAGAAACUGAAAAUACGUUAUAGAACUGAAAAUGCCUCUUUUUUUUUUUCUCCUUGAGCUGAAAUUUAACUUUGACUGGAAAAAGAAGAAAAUCAACUCAGCCCUACCCCAUCAGUGUGUACAUAUUUAACUAAGUAGUGACAUAGAAUUAUGAGAAAAAAGAAUAUAAAUUUGUGGAUAAUAAUAUUAAAUAAGCUUGUGUGUGUGUGUGUGUGUGUGUGUGUGUGUGUGUGUGUGUGUGUGUAUGAGUGUAUGAGAGUGUGUGUAUGAGAGUGUGUGUAUGAGAGAGUGCGUGCGUUCGUGCGCGCGUUCCAUAUUGUGCCGGAAAUUAGAAGGCUACUGACAUGACAGACUUGAAGUGGGGGGACAAAGAGGUCAGGUGUGUGGGUUCAUCUUCAGCAUUAAACUAUGAUCUAUUUCA